AUGGAUAUACAAACAGUAAAUACUCGAAGAAAAAUAUUAAACCAAGUAGUUUCCAGUAUUUUAGUAGAGUGUGGUUAUGAUACAUGUGAGAAACAAGUAUUGGAAACACUCACCGAAAUGUUACAGUCAUUUAUUAUGGAGAUUGGCGCUUCAGGAAGAAAUUAUUGUGAACUUUCUGGGAGAACAGAGCCUCUUAUAGCAGAUGUGAUAUUGGCAUUAAUUAAUAUGGGCAUAAAAUUAGAUAAUAUAGAGACUUAUGCAAAACGACAAAGUAGGACAGUUCUGCCGACACUUCAGCAGCAGACGCAAGCAAAACAAUUAAAUAUCUUGCAAGCUGGUGUUAAGCAAGGCCAUCCAUCGCAUAUACCAAAUUAUUUACCAUCUUUUCCUGAUCCACAUGCAUAUAUUAGAACUCCGACACAUAAGCAACCAGUAACUGAAUAUGAAGCAAUCAGAGAAAAGGUAGCAACGCAAAAACGAGAUAUCGAGAGAGCUUUAACAAGGUUUAUUGCCAAAACAGGAGAAACACAUAGUUUAUUUCUCACAGAAGAUAAUAGCAUGUUUCCUUUAAUAUCCUGUAAACCACAAUUUCCAAGUUAUAUUUCCGCUCUUUUACCUCAAGACCAAAUAUUCGAACCAGAUCCAGAUUUUCAAUUUGAUUCAAGUCCUGUGAAAAAGAAGAAAGAGCAACAAAACGAAGAUAGACUUACCGAGGAAGGUAACCAAACACAAAAUGAAAAUAUGGAGCAAAAUGGUGAAACUAUUACUCAGCAAGAUGUUAUAGAUAAUCCGUAUUUAAGACCUGGAAAAAUUCCUAAAAAUAAAAUGUCAAGUACAACGAUACCGGGACAGCAUUCUGUCAAAAAAGAGCUACUUGAAUGUUAAGUAUCAUGAUAUUAAUUACUAUAUAAAAUAAGAUUUGAAAAGUUCACGAUGAUAGUAUUUUUAUGAAUUGUAACUGGAAACUCGAAUUCUUCUUAUGUAUAGAUUUAUAUUUUAUAUUUUUUGAUCCGUUUUUAUACCUGAAUCAUUAAGUUAGACGAUAAAAAUUAUAUUUUUAUUCUGUACUUACAUGAAAGUAUUUCGAAAUACAUUCAUCACUGAAAAU